UACCUGUUUCCAUGGAAACCUGUUCUAUGACAGUUCGUAACGAUCUUCUUCAUCGAACUUGACGUUGAGUACUACUUAGAAUUAUUAUUAAUUUAAAGAAAUGUCGUCAUCAGCCAACUCCGCGGAGGCUUCUGAGGAGGACGAGGAGGGAAAACUAUACCAAUAUAUCUAUGAGCUCAAAGAGGACACAGGUGAGACUGAGAGGACUCCAGUCUGCUCCAGCCCAAAGAAUUCACCUGUGCGUCUUGAGAUUCAUGUAGAAAGGAGGACACUCACAGCUGAGACUCCAAAAAUGCGUAGACUGAAAAAAGCCAAAGGCAUCAAAAAGAGCGUCCAGACCAGAGAGCCUUCACAGAAGAAGCCCUGGAAUGAACCCAGUGCAAAUGUUUCGGAUUACUUUAACUAUGGUUUCACUGAAGACACUUGGAAAGCCUACUGUAAGAAACAGACUAAACUUCAAGGAUUUAAACAAAGCCAAAAACUCCAAGUGAUGGCUCAGAAGACUCGAACUGGAGUCAAAGCUGAAGAGUCUGUCUCUGCUGAGAACGUCUCAGGAAAACCAGCUGCUGUAGCUUCCAGCAGAAAGUCAGAGGCGAACGGCGGCGUGAGAAACGGACCCAGUGGGAGCAGGAGCAGAAAGAAAAGCAGUCCAUGUUAUCGAGCCAGAGGUGCUCAGGAGGUCUCUGACACAUCCCAUGAAGAGAACAGCUCCCCUUUUUAUGAGAAGCCCCAUGGAGACAGUACCAGAAGGCUCUUCCCAUUGGUCUCUCCACCAUCUUUUCUGUUCCAACCGAGAUCAGGAUAUGGAUCUUCCUUCUGUACUUCUACUCUGAGCAGCAGACAAGCUGACAGCUCGGACGUGCCCUUAAAGCCACGUUUUCAGUGUUCCUCAGGGAACAGCACGCCGAGUUCUGGACUGACUGAAACUACCCAGGCCUGGAGCCGCCGCAUGAGGCAGAGAAAACUCGACAGAGGCAGAGAGCAUGACCUUGACAAAGAAAACACAAGGGAGAGAAACAGAAAAAAGCUGAGCUCCUCCUCCUCUUCACACCACAGGAGGUCUUCCAUGACGCGCUCUCAUAAAUAUUCACGAGUGAAGGAGCAAACAAAGGCCUGGAGCUCCAAGGAUGAACACCACAGAGGCUGCCGUUUCAAAGACCUGAUGGGAGAAAACCGGAGGACAGACAGAAACCGGAAGCCUGACAGCAGCUCUCGGAGAAGCUGCAACAGGACAAAUGAAGAAAAGACCAUGGCACAAGAUGCAAAAAGAAGAAAAAAGAAGAUGAAAAGUAAAAAAACAAGCAUCGCUCUUGCUGAUCAGAAGGGACUAUGAUCCAGAUCUAACAGGAAGGAAAACAUGUAGAGCCAUUUUAGAAUAUAAAAAGUGAUUUGAACAUUUUUGAAGACUGAAGUUAGAGGAAAACCUCGAGUUUUACAGAAAGUGUGAGUGCUGCUUUGCUUCUUGUGUUCUGUAUUUGAGUUUUGAGGAUGCAAGCGAACAGCACAGCUUUUCAAACAGCUUUAUUAGUCUUUUAUCCAAAUGUACCAUCAGAUAUACUACACAGGCCGAAGCGUGACAGACAGAACCACAGGAGAUGGACCUCAGACCAUCCAGUGAUGCACAGGAACAGAGUUAUAGCUUUUUCUUUCUUAAAAGUAAGAAACUUAGUAAGGCCUCCACAAUGUCACCUAAUUAAAUGUCACUGAAACAAGUUAAGAACACAUCGAUCCUUUUUGUCGUCGUCUUGCCAGUGGUUUGGUUUGUUAACCAAACCAGAAAAACCUCACAGACUCGUACUUGGCAACGUGUCUCCAGUUUAACAGAUGAGAACCACUGUCAGUACAAACAGAAUAAAGCCUAUGUUUAAAGGCCAUACAAUAAACAAAAAAAAAAA